CCCGGUCCCGCUGUCGCUGCCCGGUGUCGCCGCCGGGGGGCGCUGGCAGCUGUCGCGCGGUCACGUGGCCGCCAUGGCGCAGCGGUUCUGGGUGUUGCGGUGCUGCCGCUGCCGCCGCUUCCAGGGGCAGCAGGUGGGGACGGGACGGGACGGGACGGGACGGGACGGGGGCAGUGGGUUCCAGGCCCUGACCGACCCCUCUGUGCCCUCCCAGGCCAAGCGCAGCGGGCGCUGGAGCUGCAGCGUGUGCGGCCAGCGGCAGGCCGUGCAGAAGGUUUACGGGCAGGGCUCGGGCCUGGAGUGCAGGCGGCACGUCCAGAAGCUGAACUUGCUGCAGGGUGAAGCAGAGGAGGCGCUGGGUUUGACACCUUGGUGUGUAGAAGACUCUGUAAAUGACAGCAAAAAUAGAGAAGCACAACAUGAGGCCAGUUCAGUCCAGCAGGAGGGAAGGACAGAAGGCAGUCGUUGGAGUAAAUAUCUGGACCAGGAGAAUGAGGAUCAGGAAGAUGAAGAGGAGGAGGCAGCUCUGGAAAGGCAACAGUUCUGUUCCCAGAGAAAGAACACUGUGGGAGAACAAAGGAAACACCCAAAGUUCUUCCUCUCCAGUGAUCUUCCAGAGCAUGCAGAAGAAAGUGGAGUUUCUCAGCUUGUCUAUCAAGCCAAAAAAGUUAAAACCACAGAGCACAAGAAAUGCUUUGUAGCAGUGCCUGAUGGAGAUGCUGGUUCUGGAGGCAGUGUGGUCCCUGCUGUCCGUGAGUCUGUAGUGCCUGAGGAGAACACACAGCUCCCAACUGCUUGUACCAAACCAUCCAAGUGGGGAAAGUUUCUCUCAUUAUCUGACAGCUCUGGUGAAAAUGCUGCUGCAGUGACCAUGGCACUGCAGGAGGGCAGUGGGGGUGUGGGGCUGGGCAGCACCACUGCUGCUGGGGCCUGGAGGUGCUCAGGACAGGCUGGAAGAACCCUGCCUCAGGGAACAGGUUCUGAAUUUAGGAAUUGUGCUGCCAGUGCUGAGGAUGUGGCCUUGAGACUGCCCAGCAGCAGUUGCUCAGUUGGGGAUGUGCUCAGAGAGCCUCAGAGCCAGGUGCUGAGGGGGGGAGCUGCUGCAGAGAGCACUGCAGGAAGGUGCAGCUUGGACAGCACAGGGAGGGCAAACACCCCUGUUAACUCUAACCCUGGGCCAAAGCUGAGCAGCACUGCUUGUGCUCAGCUCUUCUGCACAGGGGAGGACUUUGAUGAUGAUCUCUGAGCUCAGGCAUCUUUGGCCUUUAAUGCAGCUAUGUUGUUUACUG